CUCAGUGAUGGAGCCCAUGACGGUGACAACGUCAGUGGUUGGACCCGAUGAGUUUGACCGCAAUGCCCCGCGGAUCUGCGGCGUGUGCGGGGACAAGGCCACCGGCUUCCACUUCAAUGCCAUGACUUGUGAGGGCUGCAAGGGCUUCUUUAGACGCAGCAUGAAGCGCAAAGCCUCCUUCACCUGUCCGUUCAACGGGAGCUGCACCAUCACAAAAGACAACCGGCGCCACUGCCAAGCAUGUCGUCUUAAACGCUGCAUCGACAUCGGCAUGAUGAAAGAAUUUAUACUGACGGAUGAGGAAGUGCAGAGGAAAAGGGAAAUGAUAAUGAAGAGGAAAGAAGAGGAGGCAGCCCGGGAGGCGCAGAGGCCACGUCUGAACGAGGAGCAGGCACGGAUGAUCUCUAGCUUGGUGGAAGCUCACCACAAGACCUACGAUGCCUCCUAUUCUGAUUUUUCACGCUUCAGGGUUAGUCCGCUUCAAAUUCUGAUAUCCUUCUAGCCAAUCAGCACUCAGCU